CAGCCGCCCGGCGCCGGUGCAGCUGGUUUGUGUGGGGACCCGAACAAGACAUCGUGCGGCCUCGUAUGAAGUGGAAGAUAAACGUCUACAAAACGACAUCCAGCAGCGUGUUAACCAACGGAGAAAGGAUUUACAUGACGCACGAAAACGGCAGCAUCUCAUCUUUUGAAGAGUGCUUGGCUUAUAUAAUAAAAGACUAUGCUUUCUAUGUCAAGAACGGAAAUAAUUGUAUCUCUUUAGGUCCCACCACUAAAAAGUUUAGAUGUGCUCUUCUUGAUAUAGCUGAGGAUGUUCAGAGAAUGGCGAGAAACAUUCUCAAUCCACCUUCACAUGAAAUGACGGGUGAUGAAGACAACAUAUUCAUUAGAAGCAGCUUUGUGUCACUUCAUGGAUACAUAGAAAAGUUGUCCAGUUCCAGGAUGAUUCAUCGCAGGGAUGGAGAUGUCCCGGUCCGUGAUCUCGUCCUGAGAUGUGGGGACAAACUCAUUGAGGCGUCGCUCUGGCAGGACGAAGCUUUGGCUGAACUCUAUGAAGGGGCCCAGAUUCUGGUCACUCACCUGAGGGCUACGAUCAAGCCCAAUGGAAGGGCCAAAUUGAAUUCGUCAUGUUUUUCAUCCGUUGAGCUUCCUGACCAUCCUCGAACCAGAGAGUGGUUUACCAUCAUAGGCAUCUUAGAGAACGAAGAUGAUCUAGUUCUUCUUUCAGACAGCUUUGUGGUUUACAGUAUGUCUGCUGAUCUCUUCCCGGGCACCAGCUCUGACUUGUUAGAAAGGCUGCCUCUAAACGUGGAAGUGGAGCAAGCUAAUUUUAGGGUCCACACUAUCCAGUAUUUGGAACAGUAAAAGUAAUAAGUAAUUGUGUCAUUUUGUUGUUAUUGUCUGCAUAAAUAUUUUUUGUUCUUGUUCUGUGCACACGCUUUCUCUAUGGACGUGUUACUGUUAAUGUACAUGUUAUAAUGUGCCUUAUUAAGCUGUACAUCCUAUUCAGGUAUAGGUAAUAAUUAUUUUUACCCAUUCUCAAGGCACAUCCUA